AUCAACCCUUCAAAAUAUGAUGAGAGGAAAAUAUAUUGACAAGGACGAGUGUUUAUAUUUUCAUGGAAUAUGCAAGAUUCAAUCCAAAAAAAAAAACAAAACAAAUCGGAGCUGAAAAGUGAAAACAAAGGAAGGUUUUUAUUCGUCCCACACCGGAAUAUUAGUUUAUACUUUUCUUCUUAAUAAAUGGCCAGUUCUAAAUUUCGUUCGCCGAGCUCAGUAACGCGGGCUUGUCACCCUAGUGGGGGCUAUGAGGUGGUGGAACAAUGGGCAGGUCUCGAUGGCUGGGCUGAAGAAGAUAAUAUUUGGGCCGCCCAUUCCAAGCUGAGAUUUGGGCCGAGGUUCUUGUUCGAAAGAAUGGGAGUCUGGUCCACUAAAAUGGAGGGCAAUGCGUGAGGCUGGUUUCACAGAGCAACGGAAACCUCCUCUUCUCAGCAGUGGAAGGAUAACAGCCCAAUAUCUUCUAGGCCCAAAAAAGCUUGUCGGGCUUCCCAAUUUGGACCAUCACCUUUUCUUCUUUUUUUCUCUCAAUGCCAUUAUUAAAAAAUUGUCUAAAAACCCCCAAAAUAAGAUAUUAUGCCGAGCAUUUAGUAUUUGUCGAGUUUUUUUCCCAAUUAACUAUUUUUAACUUAUAAUUAAAUAAAAUAUAUACUUAACAUUUAU